AUGUCUUUUGUCACCGGAGAUGGGACAUGCCGUUGUGGUCGGAGGAUGGUGAUUCGCACAACAUGGAAGGACUCCAACCCUGGGCGGCGGUUCCAGUCAUGCUUGAAUUACAAGAAUGGAGGCUGUGAUUUCUUUGACUGGUACGAUCCUCCAAUGUGUCGUAGGUCUAAAAUGAUAAUUCCUGGCCUCUUGAGGAAGAUGAAUGAAAGAGAAGCUGAGAUUGAGAAGCUGAAAUUAAAAAAUGAACAUUUGGUGAAGUUGGAUAAAAAGUUGAAGAAGAUGAAUGAAAGAGAAGCUGAGAUUGAGAAGCUGAAAUUAAAAAAUGAACAUUUGGUGAAGUUGGUUAAAAGUUGA